AGAGGAGGAGAAUCUCACACCCCAUUGAGCUGUGUUAUAGCUGUCUUUGAUGUUAGUUACCACUCUCCAAUAACCCUAGAAAAAACCCCAUCUCUCUCUCCCUUCUCUUUCCAUCUCUUCUUCUCUCUUUCUUUCUCUCCUCUUCUUCUUCCCAAAUCUCAGAAAAAAAAAAACCCUCAAAAAUCCCAUUCAAAUGUUCAAUGCUCUUGCAUGCAAUGCUCCUUCCAUCUCUCUCUAAACCAGGAAAAUCAGACCAUGAAAUGAAGAAAAAGACCAAAACCCUAGUUCUUCUUUUCCCCUUUUUAUUAUUCUUGCUCUCUUCCCUUCCUUCCGUUCUCUCCUUCCAUGGCGUCGGCCUCUCCGACGCUGAAGCUCUCUACAUUCGCCAUCGCCAGCUCUUGUAUUACAGAGAUGAGUUUGGCGACAGGGGAGAGAACGUCACCGUUGAUCCUUCUCUUUCUUUCGAAAACCCUAAUAUAAAAAAUGCCUACAUUGCCUUGCAAGCAUGGAAACAGGCCAUCAUCUCCGACCCCAUGAAUCUCACCGGCGACUGGGUCGGAUCCAACGUCUGUAAUUACACUAACGUCUUCUGUGCCUUUUCGCUUAGCAAUAAAUCGAUCCGCGUCGUCGCUGGGAUCGAUCUCAACCACGGCGACAUCGCCGGGUAUCUGCCUGAAGAGUUAGGGUUACUCACCGAUCUUGCAUUGUUUCACAUAAAUUCCAACAGAUUCUGCGGCACCAUUCCGCGGAAAUUCGAGAAUCUGAAGCUGCUGUACGAGCUUGAUCUCAGCAACAACCGCUUCGCCGGCAGUUUCCCGGCGGUGGUGCUCAAGCUCCCGAUGCUCAAGUUCUUGGAUCUGCGCUUCAAUGAGUUUGAAGGCAAGAUCCCCCGCGAACUGUUCGAUAAAGAUCUCGACGCUAUCUUCAUCAAUCACAACCGGUUCGUUUCCGAUCUGCCCGACAAUCUCGGCAAUUCGCCGGUCUCAGUGAUCGUCCUCGCCAACAACAAGUUCCACGGCUGCGUACCGGCCAGCCUCGGCAACAUGGCGGACACCCUCAACGAGAUCAUCCUCAUGAACAACGGCUUCCGAUCUUGCCUACCGGUUGAGGUCGGGCUGCUGAAGAAUCUGACGGUCCUGGAUGUGAGCUUCAACGAGCUGGUGGGAUCGCUGCCGGACGCAAUCGGAGGGAUGGUGAGCUUGGAGCAGCUCAAUGUCGCCCACAACAGGUUCUCUGGUACGAUCCCGAAGACAAUCUGCGAGCUUCCUAAACUCCAAAACUUCACCUUCUCUUACAAUUUCUUCACGGGCGAGCCUCCUGUCUGCUUGUCGGUGGCUUCAUUCGACGAUCGGAGGAACUGCCUGCCUGCGCGGCCCGCUCAGCGAUCGGCCGCGCAAUGUAAGUCCUUCUUAUCUCGCCCUGUGGAUUGUUCUGCUUUCAGAUGUAGUCCUUUCGUUCCUCUGCCAACACCACCACCGCCUUCUCCUCCACCUCCGGUUUUCUCACCCCCGCCUCCGGUUUUCUCACCCCCACCCCCGCCUCCGGUUUUCUACCCAACUUCACCUCCUCCGCCUGUUUUCUCCCCUCCCCCACCACCGCCGUCUCCACCACCCCCAUCUCCACCACCAUCUCCAUCUCCUCCUCCACCAUCUCCCCCACCACCAUCUCCAUCUCCCCCACCGCCGUCUCCCCCACCACCAUCUCCAUCUCCCCCACCGCCUUCUCCCCCACCACCAUCUCCAUCUCCACCACCGCCAUCUCCCCCACCACCAUCUCCUCCCCCACCAUCUCCCUCUCCUCCACCACCAUCGCCACCACCGCCAUCCCCGCCUCCGCCGGCUCAGCAACCCUCCCCACAAUACCCUCAACCAUCUCCCCCACCGCCACCAAUCUACUGUGUCAGAUCUCCUCCUCCACCGCCAAAUUCACCGCCCCCACCACCACAUUCGCCCCCACCACCACAUUCACCCCCACCGCCACUAUACUCUCCACCCCCGCCAUCUCCAACCCCGUACUACUACAAUUCACCCCCUCCACCAUCACCCCCACCGCCUCAUUCGCCUCCACCACCCCCACAUUCCCCUCCGCCACCCCCACAUUCCCCUCCACCGCCUAUCUAUUACUACUCCUCGCCACCACCGCCACCUCCUCUACAUUCCCCACCUCCACCAAUGUACUUCCCACCCCCACCACCCAAUUCACCUCCCCCACCACCACCAUGUAUAGAACCGCCGCCACCGCCGCCACCAUGUGAAGAACCUCCCCCACCUCCACCGGUUCAUUAUCUACCACCACCUUCACCAUCACCACCACCACCACCACCAACCCCAAUUGUCUACAAUGCUCCACCCCCGCCAUCACCUCCAAUUCAUUAUCACUCCCCACCUCCACCUUCUCCUCCUCCAAUGCCAAUUUACAAGAGCCCGCCUCCUCCUUCGCCUAUCUAUGAAGGCCCGCUCCCACCAAUUGUUGGAGUUUCAUAUGCGUCGCCCCCACCACCUCCCUUCUAUUGAUUCUUUUGAGAAUUUCCCUCCUCCUGCCCUCUAGAGAACACAGAAAUGUUUCAUUUGGCUGCAAUUGCGUCGUCUUCUUCUCCUCCUACUUCUCUGGCACUUCCUCCUCUCUUUCUCUCUCCUUGAGUGAUCGGCCGGAGAAGGAAGGAAGCAAGAACGAGAAUUGGGUCAUGGUGGUCUGUGUCGAGGAGCGUCUCUGUGGACCAAGGAGAGGUGGAGAAGAAGAGAGAGAAAAGAGGGGAGAAAGAAGGAGAAAGUCUCUCCAUAUUUAUUUGAAUUAUGGAUAUUUGAGUUGUGAAUAAAAUGGUUGAGAGAGAAUAGGUGCAGGAAAAUGUAAUGUAUAGCAUGAGAUUCAUGGAGGACGAUAAGCAGAAGAGGGUUUGAAGCUGUUGUUAUUGUUGUCUCUUUUAUCAUACUUUGUUCUUUCUUGUUCGUUUAUAAUAUGAUUAUGAUUUACUUAUGCA